AUGGUUUUACGUACCAGACGGCCGACUGUUGCAAUACGUAGUGGUGACGAAGAAGACUUUGAUGAUGAUGGUGAUGAUGAUUACAGUGACAACAACGAUUAUGAUUAUAUCUGCAAAUAUGACGCUAGCCGCAACCAUGGCAGUGGUGAUGACAAGAGCAGUGAUGAUUACAGCUGCACCGAUGAUGAUAGCAACGAUGAUGGUGAUGAUAUUGACAAUGAUGAUGGUGGUGGUGGUGAUGCUACUGAUAAUUUAUGUGCAAUAUGUGACAAUGGAGGGAAAUUGCUAUGCUGUGAAGGACAAUGUAAAAGGUCCUUCCAUCCCAGAGGAAAAGAUGGAAGGGAAUCUAAUUGUGAAACUCUUGGUUUAACUUCUGCACAACUACAGGAAAUUGAUCAUUAUCUAUGCAAGAACUGUGAAUAUAAGCAACACCAAUGUUUCAGUUGUGGAGAUCUUGAGCCAUCUGAUGGGCCAAAUGCUAAGGUGUUCCAAUGCUACAAAGCAUCUUGUGGGCACUUCUACCACCCCGGUUGUAUUGCCAAAUUACUUGAGCCUGAUGAUACUGAUGGAGCUGGCGAAUUGGAGAGGAGGAUUGCUGCUGGGAUGUCAUUUACAUGUCCUGCACAUUGGUGCUCAGAAUGUAGAACGAUGGAAGACAGUACUCAACCAGAACUUUGGCUUGCGGCCUGCAGACGCUGUCCAGUGUCAUAUCACAAAAAAUGUUUCCCAAGAAGCAUUUCCUUUGAGAGAAAGCGUGGCACAAGUGUACGCGCUUGGCACCUGGGUGAUAGAAUUAUGAUUUACUGUGGAAGCCAUAAACUAGAAGCUGAGCUUGGAGCACCUAGCAGAGACCAUAUAAAGUUACCAUCUAGUACAGAAAUGGAUACUGUUGGAACACAUUGCAUUGACCAAAUAAAGUCAACUCCCGUUCCAAAAAUUUAUAGAACAAGAAAUCUUGCUAAGAAGAAAACAGAAGUGACUGGUAAAAGGAAAAUGAACACUGAUCAAGGUUCAACUGGAACUGCGGAGCUGUCAAACAAGGUAUGUCGAGAAGAAGCCGACCAGAUAAAGUUAACUCCCAUUCCAAAAAUUUAUAGGACAAGAAAUCUUGCUAAGAAAACAAAAGUGACUGGUAAAAGGAAAAUGAACACUGAUCAAGGUUCAACUGGAACUGCGGAGCUGUCAAUCAAGGUAUGUCGAGAAGAAGCCGACCAGAUAAAGUUAACUCCCGUUCCAAAAAUUUAUAGGACAAGAAAUCUUGCUAAGAAAACAGAAGUGACUGGUAAAAGGAAUAUGAACACCAAUCAAGGUUCAACAGGAACUGCGGAGCUGUCAAACAAGGUAUGUCGAGAAGAAGCCGACCAGAUCCAAACAGUAGAUAUGAAUAACUUAAGGGAAGAUAAGAUUCCAAAAGGGAGAGGUGUCCUCGAGAAAGAGACCAUCCGUUUAAAUCAAGCACACAGUGAUGAGCUAGAAAAGCUUAUUGUGGAGGAACAGGCUGAAGAGGAUGAAAACAACACCAAAUCUGGAGAAGAGAGAGAAACUCGUAGUAGAGAAAAUACAUAUGGGGAAAAGGAGAAGACUCUUGGGAACAACAGUAAUAAAUUUGGAUUACCUGACGGGCGGUUUACCUUCAGAUCUGAUGAUGACCGAGAAGUUGAUGGAAGCCAUACUUGCCAGCAGGAGCUGAAGAGUCCUCACUACAAUGAUAAUAACAAAGCAACAGGAAUUGAUACUUCAAGUGACAAGUCAGGAAAGAGACAGAGACAGGAGGAACAGGCAACUGAUGGCAACAUGUUGGACUUGGAAAGGAACAAUAAGAAGUUUCACAUGGAAACUGGAAGAGAUGCUCAUCAAAGUCCUCAGCGUCUUCAUAAUCACAAAAAAACAGAUGCUCGUCAAAGUUCUUGUUCCUCAUCAAAAAAUCAUCCUCGGUGUAAUGAUGAUCAGAGAUCUUCAAUGACUUCCGAAUACAAAUCCAGAGAGGGAAGAGGAUCAAGUAGAGAAGAGUGGAGAAAUAAUAUGAGAGAAAAUUCUUAUAGGGGAGGGUCACCCUCGAGGAGAAGAAAUUCUCAAAAUAGAUCAAGGAGACAUUCUCCAGAAGGGCGAAGGACGGAGUAUCGUAACAGUCAUCAUAGAAGCAACAACCAACACAGAUAUGAGCAACAUCGACACGAUGAUUAUUUCAAAUGUCGUGAUGAUUAUUCCAAACGCCGUGAUGUUGAUACUGGUCGAAGGAGGUCGAGUCGUCGUGAGGAUCACUCUAGUGAUGGUGCUAGGAGGAGGUCGAGUCAUCGUGAGGAUCAUUCCAGUGAUGGUGGUAGGAGGAGGUCGAGUCAUCGUGAGGAUCAUUCCAGUGAUGGUGGUAGGAGGAGGUCGAGUCAUCAUGAGGAUCAUUCCAGUGAUGGUGGUAGGAGGAGGUCGAGCCAUCAUGAGGAUCAUUCCAGUGAUGGUGAUAGGAGGAGGUCGAGUCAUCGUGAGGAUCAUUCCAGUGAUGGUGAUAUUGGCGGAAGGAGGUUGAGUCCCCAGCAGUCAGCACUUCCUUCUGGUAAUUUUGGUACUAGUCUCAGUCCCCCUUCACAUCCGACCACUGAAUAUGGUGCUAGCAGAAGGCAUGGUUCCCCUCCAUAUCAGAGAUCUGAACAUGCUGCUAGUGGAAGCCGUGGCCCCUAUAUGAACCCACGAGGAUCAGGCCCUGCAGACUACGAAAUGGAAAGGAGAAGUGUUCCCCUUCACCACGAUGUGCCCAAUGUCGAGGAGUACACUGGUCGACCACUGAAUAUGGUGCUACCAGAAGGCAUUGCUUCCGUUAAUACGUACUCUAUCCUUGGCCCCUAUAUGAACCCACGAGGAUCAGGCCCUGCAGACUACGAAAUGGAAAGGAGAAGUGUUCCCCUUCACCACGAUGUGCCCAAUGUCGAGGAGUACACCGGUCAACCACUGAAUAUGGUGCUAGCAGAAGGCAUUGCUCCCGUUAAUACGUACUCUCUCCGAGGGGAAUCUCCUGGUGCAUAUGGUCCUGGAACAGAUGCCGGCAUGGGCGAAGAAACCACAUUCCGUGGUGGGCGUUUCGGUGAUCAUGGUGUGAGGUCAGAUUAUCCACGAAGCAGCAGCAUGAAUGCAGAGGAUAGGGCUUUUGCUGCAGGGUCCGUUACGGAUAGGUAUGUCCCGCGCCUCGACCGAACGAACCACCCAGUUAGAGUUGAUGGUUAUCUGCCGGAUUAUCCCGUAUGGUAG